AUGCGCUCCACGGCCACCCUGAGGAUGCUGCAGCCGACGGCUCGCAUGAUGUUCGCUCCGUCGACUCGGGCCAUGUUCCGUCCGUCGACCCGGAUGAUGCGACCGGUUCCCAAAGAAGACCAAGCCGGCCACACUAUCUCCCAACGAUUGCGCAAGCUCAAGCAGAUCCCGGCCGAAUUGAUACCCCUCGCCGUCGUCGUCGGCUUCGCUGUCUUCGCUGCCGGCUACUCGGUCGUAAGGAAAUUUGUGGUGGACAAGAACCUUCGACUGUCCAGGCAAGGAGCCGCUGGCCGAGAGGAGCAUUAA